UUCUGACAGUGGCCGUAUCAGCUCCUGCUGCCCUUAAAGGCUCCAGGUGGUUAUGCCGCAUUCUGUGUCGCUGUGACCGGCAUGCCGCGGCGGUCAUGGGGUGGACAACCGGAAACUCCAGGAACCGAAAAAUGGACCCAGUGACCUUUGAGGAUGUGGCUGUGAACUUCACCCAGGAGGAGUGGGCUUUACUGAAUCCUUUGCAGAAGAAACUUUAUAGAGAUGUGAUGCAGGAAAUCUUGAGGAACCUGGCCUCAAUAGGUAAGCAUUGGGACAGUCAUAACACUGAAGAUUGGUACAAAAUCCAAGGGAGAAAACUAAGAAGUCAUAUGGUAGAAAAACUCUGUGAAAGCAAAGAAGGUAAUCAAGAUGGAGAAAUUGUCAGCCAGAUUCCAAAUCUUAAUCUGAACCAGAAAACCCUUUCUGGAGUAAAACCAUGUGACUGUAACGUGUGUGGGAAAGUCUUCAUGCGUCAUUCAUUCCUUAAUAGGCACAUCAGAUCUCACAGUGGACACAAACCAUAUGAGUAUCAUGAAGAUGAGGAGAAGCCAUAUAAAUGCAAGGGAUGUGGGAAAGCCUUCAGUUACCACAAAUCUGUUCACAGACAUGAAAAGACUCACACUGGAGAGAAAUCCUAUGAAUGUAAGGAAUGUGGGAAAGCCUUCACGUGGUUCACAACCUUUCAAAGACACAUGAUAACACACACUGGAGAAGGACCCUAUAAAUGGAAGGAAUGUGGGAAAGCCUGUAGUUAUUCCGCUUCCUUUCGAGCACAUGAAAGAAAUCACACUGGAGAAAAACCCUAUGAAUGUAAGCAGUGUGGUAAAGCCCUCAGCUGUCCCAGUUCCUUUCGAAGACAUGAAAGGAUUCACACUGCAGAGAAACAAUACGAAUGUAAACUAUGUGAGAAAACCUUCAGUUCUCCUCUAGGUUUGCAAAUACAUGAAAGAAUUCACACUGGAGAGAAACCCUAUGAAUGUGAGGAAUGUGGUAAAGCCUUCAUUUCUCUUUCAAGCAUUUGUACACACAUGAUAACACAUACUGGAGAUGAACCUUAUAAAUGUAAGGAAUCUGGGAAAGCCUCCAUUUGUCCCAGUUCGUUUUGAUCACAUGAAAGGAUUCACACUGGAGAGAAGUCAUAUGAAUGUAUACACUGUGGUAAAACUUCCAGUUGGCCCAAUUCAUUUCAAAUACACGAAAGAACUCACACUGGAGAGAAACCCUAUGAAUGUACAGAAUGUGGGAAAACCUUCAUUUAUCACACAACCUUUCAAGGACACGUGAGAAAGCACACUGGAGAGAAACCCUAUAAAUGUAAGAAAGAAUGUGGGAAAGCCUUCAUUUCUCCCUCAAGUGUUCAAACACACAUGGUAACACGCACUGGAGAUGGACCUUGUAAUAAGGAAUGUGGAAAAGCAUUCAGUUUUCUCUGUUCAUUUAGAAUAUUUCAAAGAACUCACACAGGAGAGAAACCCUAUGAAUGUAAACAAUGUGGCAGAGCCUUCAGUUGUUACGCAUCCUUUUGAACACAUGAAAAAACUCACACUGGAGAGAAACUUUAUGAAUGUACAGAAUGUGGGAAAACCUUCAUUUACUGCACUACCUUUCAAGGACACAUGAGAAUACACACUGGCAAGAAACCCUACAAAUGUAGAGAAGGUGGGAAAGCCUUCAGUCGACCCAGUUCCUUUCGAAGGCAUGAAAGAUCUCAUACUUAAUGGAAACUUCUUGAAUGUAAGCAAUGUGGGGAAAACAUCAGUUGGCCUUCAUUCUUACAUGUGAAAACUCCCACUGGAAAGAAACCCUAUAUGUGUAAGAAAUCUGAGAAAGUCUGAUACAAAUUAAUCCAUGUAUAAUGUUCCAAAAAAAAAUAACACGAAAGAAUAAUUUUUAGAGUUACAUCGUCUUUAUCAGUGCCUCAUUCUUAAAGGGGAUCUCUCGACUGGAUAUUUACUACUUACGUUCAAAAAUGAACACUGAAGGUUUUGGACGGAGCGCAGGGAGAGGACUGGGGUUGGCGGCUUGAACAUAGCCUGAAGGGGUUAGUGCACCAUGGCUAGCCGGGAGGGAGUCCGGGGAAAAGUCUGCACCUGCCGAAGAGGCAAGAGACUUUUUCUUCCCUCUUUGUUUCCUGGUGCGUGAGGAGAGGGGUUUAAGAACGCUGCUUAAAGGAACUCCAGAGACAGGCACGAGCCGCGGCUAAAAGCGCGAACCCCAGAGACGGGUGUGAGCCGCGGCUAAAAGCGCGGACCCCAGAGACGGGCGCGAGCCACGGCUAAAAGCGCAGACCCCAGAGACGGGCGGGAGACGCUAAGGCUGCUGCUGCCGCCGCCACCAACGGGCCUGUGUGCGAGCACAGGUCACUCUCCACACCCCUCUUCUGCAGAGCCUGUGCAGCCCGCCACUGCUAGGUUCCCAGGAUCCAGGGACAACUUCCCCGGGAGAACGCAUGGCGGGCCUCAGGCUGGUGCAAAGUCACGCCAGCCUUUGCCGCCGCAGGCCCACCCCGCACUCCGUGCCCCUCCCUCCCUGCCGGCCUGAGUGCGCCAGAGCCCCCGAAUCAGCGGCUCCUUUAACCCCGUCCUGUCUGAGCAAAAAACAGACACCCUCCAGCGACCUACACGCAGAGGCGGGACCAAAUCCAAAGCUGAGCCCCCGUGAGCUGUGAGAACAAAGAAGAGAAAGGGAAAUCUCUCCCAGCAGCCUCAGAAGCAGCGGAUUAAAGCUCCACAAUCAACUUGAUAUACCCUGCUAUACCCUGAUAUACCCUGGAAUACCUGAACAGAC